GCGGCAAAUUCGGCAGGUCGUCGUCGUCAUUUAGCGGCAGAUUCGGCAUGUGGGCGUCGUCGUUUAGCGGCAGGUUCGGCAGGUGGGCGUCGUCGUUUAGCGGCAAAUUCAACAGGUGGGCGUCGUCGUUCAGCGGACGAUCCAUCGGGAGUCGGCCUUCAUUGAAAUAGAUAUAUAGAGUCUGUUUGAUAAUAACCAAAUUGGCUGUAUUGGCUAAUUCUACUGAAAUUUAUGAAGUUCUGGCUGAUGUGGCUGUAUUGGCUGAUUCUGCUGAUUUGUGAAAUAUAAUAAUUUAAAAUACAUUUUAUUAACAAAAUAAAGAAAAAAUUAUAUGAAAAAUAGCUAAAGUGGCCCUCUACAGUAACUUCAGUCGAUACAGCCAGAAAAGUAACUCCGACCUUACUUUUCUUAUUAUUACACAAUUCAGCCAGUAAAACCAAAAGUUAUGUGUUUGGUGAAAAACUUGGGUUAUAAGCCUGAAAAGCCAAAAAUCAUGGCUACCAAACGGGCACAUAGUACGGCUCAACAAAGAGAAGAAGAAACUGCUCAACAAAGAGAAGAAGAAACGUGCAAUAGGCAAGAUUAUGAGAAUAUACAAGUUAAACCUAGUUGGUUAGCUGAAGAGUAUUUGGAGGAGUAUAGAAAAAAUCCUAAUUGGCCUAGAAAAUCUCCACAACAAUCGGUGAUGGAGAGAUUUGGCGUGCGUAUUCAGAGAUUUGCUUGCUAUAAUGUGAGGAAACCAAUAAAUGGUUUAAGAAAGAGAAGUACCUCCAACGCUAUAGUAUUUCAUUAAAACCAAUAAAUGAUGAAAUGCAUUGAGAGAAGAUAGAAUAUGUUUUAAAUCCUCCACCAAUAAAGAUAGGUGCAGGCCGGCCGAAGAAAAACAGGAGAAAAGAGGCACAUGAAAGGUUUGAUAAGAAAGGAAAAUUAAGUAAGCAUGGCAUACAAAUGAGUUGUACAAUAUGCAAGGGGAAUGACCAUAACAAAAGAAGGUGUCCUCAAAAGGGUAGCAUAUCCCAUACUACACUACAAAAGCCUCCAGAAAAAGUAAGAGGAAGACCAAAGAAGGAUGGAGGAUCAUCAACAAAAUCUAGUGAUCCUAAUCAACGAAAAAGACCUAGAGGAAGACCACUAAAGACUACAAGUUCUACACCAGGUGUCCCCGAUGGAUGGGGGUGUUCUAUGGUGAAGAUGCAAGAGUUUACAUAAAUCCGGGACAAGGGGGUGUUGUUGCUAAUAUUCUAUCCCAAUCAUCUUCUGCUCCUACAACUUCGCAGCAAUCUGAAAUCUGAUUUUGUAGAUAUGGUCUUGUGUGAUUUUGCUUUAUGAAUAUGACUAUUAACUAAAGUUUUUGUGGUCCUAUCUGAAGUUUUUGUGCAAACCUGUGUAUUGGCAUUGUUUUUGUAGAGCAGUGUUAGUUUUUUUUUUGUGAAGACCAAUGUUAGGUCAUUUUUUGCAAACUAAUGCUAGAUCUUUUUUUACACCGGUGGAGACAAGUCUUAGGUGUUUUUUGCUCAUCUGUAUUAGCCAUCCUUUGUAAAGGUCAUCUACUUCUAUGUAAAGACAAACUCUGUGGUGAACUCUGAUGUUAUUCACAGUAUAC